UAUUUCGUCGGAAGAGAUAGAAUGGCAGAUACUCGGAUGAUAUGAAUAAAGCACAGGGGGCCAAAGGCAAGGGAUUGAUUGUUAAUGGGUUAUUUUAUGUGUUUGCUUACUCGGAAUUAGCUGGCUACUAGCGACUCUUCAAGCCGCCACUCCGGUACUUCCCUUUCCUUAUUUCCCACCAUCUAACUUUCAUCAUUCUCAAUUCACCUCUUAUAUAUAUACAUGAUCCCAAUGUAUAUCUCUCACCCGCUUAAAUGGCCACCAUAACUGAAUCCACUGCUCUCUUUUCUCCUUCGUAUCUCCUCCCGGCGAUCACGUCAAGGCCGGGGGCUGUUUCCCUCUCCCUCCGCCACAGACCGGGUUUCCGGGGAUUGAAGGUUCAAUCGCCUCUGUAUUCCUCCCUUGCUCCAAAAGUCUCGCGUCUUCCAUCAACGCCCACCAUUGUCUCUCAAGCGCACGACACCACCGCUCUUGACAUUCCCACAGUUACCGAAGCAACAUGGCAAUCACUAGUCCUCAAAGCCGAUGGCCCUGUCCUGGUUGAGUUUUGGGCUCCUUGGUGCGGGCCAUGCCGCAUGAUCCAUCCAGUUGUGGGUGAACUAGCACAGGAGUAUGCUGGGAAACUUAACUGCUUUAGGUUAAGCACAGACAAUAGUCCUUCAAUUGCAACUCAAUAUGGAAUUCGGAGCGUCCCAACCCUGAUGAUUUUCAACAAGGGUGAGAAACAGGACACGGUAAUUGGUGCAGUACCUAAAACCAUAUUGACUGCAAGCAUUGAGAAACAUCUGUAAAGUUGUGUAUGCAAAGCCUUGCAAAAUUUAUGUACUUAUAAAUGAGUAUUCUUCACAUGUUCUCUGUUGUGUGGUUAUUAUUAAUAUUAUUAUUUGUUUUGAGAAGGCUCUGUUGUUUGGUUAUAAAUGCAUUAUGAAGUUUCUUGUAUCUUGUCUUCUAUUCUAUAUGACACUCAUAUCAUCUUCAAUAAUAUAGCCUUGAUGAGAAUUUCUUGGCCCUGG